AGGUGCAUCUUUCAAUCGAACCAGUUGUGAGCGAUUCGAGUGUAAAUUGGAUUUGAUGGAUUUUAUGGUACUCUUGAAUGCUGCCCGUUUAUCUGCAACAACUUGCAACAAGUGAACAACUUGCAACAAAAAUGUCGCAAGUUUUACAGCGCGUCGAGAUCACGCUGCGCAGUUUCUACGUCUUCAAUUCCAGCCUGAGUCAGAAGGAGGGCGAGGAGCGGAAAAAGGUGCUUUAUUAUUAUCCUACGGAAGUUGUCGAGUAUACAAAAAUCAAUGAUGUCGGACUGAGUGAGGGCAUCAUUAAAUUCAUUGGCACCUUUACCAACGAGGAUGAUUGCAAGGCGCUGCACACGCAGAAGACGACGCAGCUGUUUUAUCAGCCGGAGCCGGGCUUUUGGCUCGUCCUGGUGCUGAAUGUGCCCAAGGAGCUGAAGCUCAAGGAUCGCAUCGAGGUGGCCGAGUAUCGUGGCGGGGAAGUCUCCGACCGCAUUUAUCGUGCGGUGCUCCGACAAUGCUACCAAAUGUAUCGCUUCCAACAUGGCCCAAUGCAGGCUAGGCUCACAGCUAAUCUCGCCGAGGAGAACCAGCAACGGGAGCAGCAGCGGGAGAAGCUCUCCUUGGAGCUGCAUCAGUUCUACGACAAGUAUUUGCUUAGCUUCCGGGAUCUGGCUAGCUGUGAUAUCAUGGACAUGCUGCACUCCAUCCAGUAUCUGGCGCUGGAGAAGCGCAUCUUUCUGCGUGCCCAUAAUUUUUGUAAGCUGUGCGGCGACACCUUCGCCGGCAUCCGCGACUGCAUCAUGCUCUACAACCAAGAACAGAUCAUCUGCGGCGGCAAACUGAACGCCAGCGAUCUCUACAGCCUGCAUGCGUAUAUCCAAGCUGUGCCAAAAGGUGCCGACCCUGGCGAGGAUGGUGCAUUUGUGGAGAAAGUUACGCCACCGAGGGUAUUCCUGGAUUUGGAUAAUUGCAUUGCGCCUUUUUACCUGCUCAUCUAUCGCGCCUUGAAUAUCACUCUGUGCCUCUUUGUGGAUGUUGCUCCUCAGCCGGAAUUCUAUGAGGAGCUGCAUGCUUAUAUGGGUCCACAAUUGAUUUCACUUGCACGCGACAUAGCCGACGAGGUCAGCAAGCGAACGGCAGCCAAUCUGGGCGAGAGUGGAUCCAAUGAUGCCAGCAGCACCUCACCCAAAUAUCUGUUUAUCAAUGAACAGAGCUUGAAGCAUCAUACGAAUAUCUUCAGGCAUGGGAAGAACAAUCAGAAGAGCAUUCCACGCAAUGUGAUGAGCAUCAUUGCGGAUCUCGCCAAUCCCAUCGAGGAGAAUUGCACUCAGACGACGCCGGCCACCGAGGAGCUGCAGGUGAAGGCAACCAAUGAUUUUUGGGUCGUCAAGCGACGCUGCAAUUGGCGGCAAUAUUAUGUUAUUCUCUGCAAGAGCAAAGCGACCCUUUUGGAUGUGACGCAGGAGGCGAAGCGGAUAUUUGAACAGGAACUCACAGACGAUGUGUUCUUUGACAAAUAAAGAGAAGAAUUAAAUAGCAAAAUUAUACGAUCAGCAGCUCACAGCUGAUUUUAAAUGGCUGGUAAUCAAGAUAGAUUAAAAUAAAAUCGUAUAUUCAAGAUUAUUAUA